AUGAUCGACCGCUUCAUCAACGUGGAUGUAGAGGGAAGGCGCGCGGUCCAGCUGAUGAGGUCGGUGCAGUUUCUGUGCCAGGAGGACGCGCCCAUCAGCAUGUUCCCAACGCUGAUGCGGCAUCUCGCUGAGCAGGACUCCCCCGACAUCCCAAAGCAACCCUACGGGGUGUACCUCACGAGAUCUCGCCAUGGUGGACAGCGUUGUGCGGACGCUGGCAGAACGCCUGGGCAGCUCAAGCCACUGGAGCCAGAGGUCGAUGUCACAGAGGUGGCAAAGACCGUCGAGUCGAUCACCGGUGACCUCGAGCACAGGUACCUCAACACCAACGCCUCGUUUGGUGGAAGCGGCAACGGGUGGCAACCGAAGUUUCUGACGCUGUAUGGGAAGCGGUCGGGGCAGACGGUCAAAGUGUGUCAAAGGACUGCGUCAAUCGGCUCCUCUGAUGAUCGGAAGCGCAAGGGGAAGCAACCGGAGGAGGGAGAAGAGGGACCCAGUGAGCCGACUCUCGAGGAGGAGUUCGUGGAGUCCGGCAACGAGGGUGACGAGCGGGAGAUGGAUCAGGAGAUUGAGCAGUCGCCACCCCGAGAUUACUCAGACGAAGAAGACAACCCCUUUCUGUCCGAUGGCGAGGAGGGGGAAGAGACUUACCACAUGGAUAAGCCGCUACACUAG